AUGCUGAAUACUAGAACGUUUUCAUACAGGAAACAUUUAUCUGUAGGUGUCAUAGCCUUGAUGUGUGUAUUUAUUUUCUGUGAAUAUUUGUUAUAUUAUCUUGUGCUUAUUCAAUGUACAUGGCCAACUUUGGAUACACAUAAAGUUGAUAUAACAAUUGCUGAAUCAAUGACAGAAGAAACACCUGUGCAUGCAAUGUUUAUAGCAGAUACUCAUUUAUUAGGUUCUAAAAAUGGACAUUGGUUUGAUAAAUUAAAAAGAGAAUGGCAAAUGUAUAGAGCAUUUCAAACUAUGGUUACACUUCAUAAACCAGAUAUAAUUUUUAUAUUAGGUGAUCUAUUUGAUGAAGGACAAUGGAGUAGUUCUGCAGAAUUUGAAAAAUAUAUACAAAGAUUCUAUUCAUUAUUUUCAGUACCUAAGAACACUCAUCUUUAUGUUGUUGCUGGAAACCAUGAUAUCGGAUUUCAUUAUGUAAUCACACCAUAUUUGAACCAACGGUUUGUAAAUGGUUUAAAGUCACCAAGUGUGAGAAGAGUUAGUAUUAGAGGAAAUCACUUUGUUUUAAUUAAUAGUAUGGCACUAGAAGGAGAUGGAUGUUUCUUAUGUCGCCCUACAGAAAUUGCAUUAAAUAAAAUUGCUGCACAUUUAAAAUGUGCAAAAAAUACAGAAAAUAGUUGUAACAAAGAUAAUGUAAUUUCAAGAUACAGUAGACCAAUCAUUUUACAGCAUUAUCCAAUGUAUCGCGAAUCUGAUGAAAUUUGCAAUGAACUUGACCAAGCUCCAGAUGAAAUAAAGGAUAUCAAAUUUAGGGAACGAUGGGAAUGUUUGUCAAAGGAAGCAUCUGAACAACUUUUAGAUAUAUUGAAUCCAAGACUGAUUAUUAAUGGUCAUACUCAUCAUGGUUGUAGAAGAAUACAUAGAAAAGAUAUAUUUGAAUUUACUAUACCAUCAUUUAGUUGGAGAAAUAAAGAUAAUCCUUCACUUUUACUUGGUGUAUUUACUCCCAAUAAUUAUUCAGUAUCAAAAUGUUAUAUGCCUGUGGAAUCUACUCAGAUCAAAAUUUAUAUUAUUAGUAUAGUAUGCAUCUUCAUUUAUUUCAUCAUAAAAUGUAAAGCAAAACAAAAUCGAUAUUGCCUUCUAAAAUUUCACUGA